AUGACGCGGUCGAAGUUUGAGCACUUCCUGAAAUCUGGUCGGCCGGCGGACGAAAAUUGUGGUUGUGAUGACUGUCUGGCGUCAGAUGGGGAGGAUGGGUUUGCAAGGAGGAAGGCAUUCCCUCCGGGGCAUGGGUAUGAUGGCCUGGAGUCCGAGUAUAACUACUUCUCGGACUCGGACGAUGGGGCGUAUGGCUAUCCUUUCGCUAGUGGAAGGGUUUCGCCACCCGAGUCGAUGGCGUCUAUGGAGAUGGAGUGCUACAAGAUGGAGCCUGACGGUCAUCCCGAGCCGGAGGAGAUCAAGCAGCAGUUCGCGGAGUGGAAGAAGGGUGAGGAACGAGAGAAGUUGCCCAAGAAUACUGUUGCGCCGCUAUUGUCUGUCAAUGGAGCCCUGAGGGCGGCGACUCUACAGGUUCUGUUGGAUGUCUUGGGCGUCAAGAGGAACAAAAAGACGAAGGUCAGCAUUCACAAGAGGUUCAUCACCUUGCUGCGAGAGCUUCGCCUAUACUACCGCAUGUCCCACACAUACCCGUUUCUCCUCAACCAACCUCCCGUCGAAGAAUAUUCCGGCCCCAAGACGCCUUUCGUCGAAGCGUACUUUACACUUAUGAAGGCCGGCGCCGCUCUCUACGGAUAUCCUUCUUACGAAAGUGCGACGAAAGAUCCUUCUUUUGAAACUUCCGGCCGUGACAAGGGCUAUCUUGACGACUUGUUAAAUGGACCCAAAAAUGUGGAGAGCAAGAUAAAACAGCGCGUUCUACGUCAGAGGAUCGUUUAUAGGACUUAUAUUCACGAUAUGCGGCUCCAGACUUUCCUUCAAAUCCAUUCUGAACAUACGAAACCCAUUAAUGAUAUGUUCAACGAGCUGUUCGAUAUGGAAGAAGAUUCUGACAAUGACAACUACGACGAUGACGCCGACAAUUCUGACUACUCUGACGACGGCGACAUUAAAUUAAAGAUUCUUAAACCUGGAUUGUGCACACUGAUCAAGAACUGCUGCAUCUUGUCCAUCCUGCAAAAGGUUGCCUACCUUCAGGACGUUCCAGAAUUCGGAGAACAUGAGGAUCUGCUGUCCGCCUCUUGCAUUGCGGAACGACUUCUGGAAAGAUGGAAGGAUCGGUACAUGCAGGCGGCGAAGACACCUUAUGUUAUUUUGAGUGCUUGUAACGUGGACCCCGCUGUUGGCUAG